UAAGACAACCAAAACUACACACAAUGACUUGUAGACAACUUGAAAUUUACAGAGCAUAAUGGCCUCUGCUACAUCAGCAUGUCUACUACCAAAACCAGUUGCACCAAAAUUCCCAUGUUCGCCUACAAUUGUUGCCUCUGCUACCCAUCUCACCAAUGCACCUUUCUUGAAUAAUGCGUCAUUGUCUGACCAACUUUGUCAUGCACCGCGGCCUUGUUUUAGGCGAUAUGCCAAAAAGAAUGGCUGGCUUGAUCCUUUUGAUUUCGGGGAUGAUCCUGAAAUGGAAUAUGGUUCAAUGUAUUCAGAAGGUAAGCAAGACGAGGAUCCGAGACCACCUGAGAGUCCUGAUAACCCAUAUGGAUUCUUGAAAUUCCCAAUGGGAUACGGAGUGGAAGUUGCUUCACUAGGUUUGAAAAUCAGGGGUGAUGUCAGAAGAUGUUGCUGUGUGAUUUCUGGCGGGGUUUAUGAAAAUCUGUUGUUUUUUCCCACAAUUCAGUUAAUCAAGGCGCGGUAUCCAGGCGUUCAAGUGGACGUGCUGGCAUCGCCUAGAGGGAAACAAACUUAUGAGUUGAAUAAGAAUGUCAGAUGGGCUGAUGCUUAUGAUGCAGAUGAAGACUUCCCUGAUCCCGCAGAGUAUACCGAUAUGAUUGGAAUUCUCAAGAAUAGAUACUAUGAUAUGAUCUUGUCAACCAAACUAGCAGGGCUGGGACACGCGUCAUUCUUGUUUAUGACUACUGCAAGGGACAGAGUUAGCUAUGUAUACCCCAAUGUAAAUUCUGCAGGAGCUGGUUUGCUCUUAUCUCAAACGUUUACACCUGAUUGCGUAAACCUCUCAGAUGGUGGAUACCACAUGUACCAUCAAAUGACCGAUUGGUUGGGAAGACCUGCUCGUGGUGUACCAAGAGAACCCCUGCCUCCACUGAAAGUAUCGAUCUCAAGGAAGCUGAAAGAAUAUGUGAUGGAGAAAUAUACGAAAGCUGGUGUGGAGAAAGGAAAGUAUGUUGUGAUUCAUGGGAUCCAAUCAGAUUCAAAAGCUUCGAUGCAGUCCAGAGGUGAUACUGAUAGUUUGCUUCCCAUCCAAACCUGGGCAGAAAUUACCAGCACCAUAAGUAGCGGAGUAAAGCCAGUUUUUGUAAUUCCUCAUGAGAAAGUACGCGAGGACGUGGAAGACAUUAUUGGGGAAGAAGCCAGUAUAGUAUUCAUCAGUACUCCAGGACAGUUGGCUGCCCUCAUCAACGAUUCAGUCGGAGUCAUUGCUACAAACACAGCCGCUGUCCAGCUUUCUAAUGCACGAGAAAAACCUUGCAUUGCCUUGUUCAGCUCCGAAGAGAAGGGGAAGCUCUUUGUUCCAGACGCAGACGUGAAAAAAUGCAAGAUUAUUUCUUCUAAGACAGGAGUACUGGCAGAUAUUGAUAUUGAAACUAUUAAAGCUGCAGUUCAGAUCUUCGAAAGGCCCCUAGCACUUGUAUAGACAAAUAGCUUCUCUUUUUACGCCACUUAAUCAUCUAAUAUCAACUCAACCAACGCGAUACAUCAUACCCAUUUUAGCUACACUGCUUGGAGGCCGCAAAGUUGUAAGAUAUCCCAUAAUUCUAUGCUAUAGAUUUAUUUUCUUUUA